GAGCAGCAAACUAGCCAAGACUCUUGCCACUAGGCUAAUCAGAAAAAUCAAAAGAACACAUCUAGAGGGAAAAAAAAUCUCAAAAACAAAAACACUUCUGUUUGCAUCUCAAGACAGCGAGGCAAUGGAGGAGACAUACCUUCUCGACUAUCCAGGUGUCAGGAAGAAAAUUCUGGCAGGAGGCAGUGGACCAUUGCCUCACUUUCCAACUGGGACAAAGCUGGUUUUCCACUUCCAGACGCUGUUGGACAACUUUGAGAGGACAGUCAUCGAUGACAGCCGACUAGCUGGCAGACCGGCAGAAAUCUUUGUCGGAAAGAUGUUCAAGAUGGAAGUCUGGGAGACCCUGUUGACGUCCAUGCGGGUUGGAGAGGUGGCUGAGUUCUGGUGUGAUGCCAUCCACACAGGCUUGUACCCCAUUGUGUCCAAGGGAAUGAGACUGAUCGCUCAAGGGAAAGACCCUCUAGAGGGCCAGAGACACAUGUGCGGAAUGGGAAACCUGUUCCACUAUCACUCCACUGGUUUCCCAGAGCUGGAUGAGCUGAUGCGGACUCCUCAGCCACUUAUAUUUAUCAUGGAGCUGCUGCAGGUAGGAGACCCUAUGUCCUACCACAGAGAGUCGUGGAUGAUGGAAAAGGAUGAAAAGCUGCAGACAGUGCCAGUUCUCCACAUGCAGGGUAACGCUCUGGUCAAACAGAAGCAAUACAGAGAGGCUGCCAGCAAGUACAAAGAAGCCGUCCUGCUGCUGAAAACUGUCCAGUCUAGGGAGAUGCCGGGUGAUAUAGACUACAUUAACUUAGGUCGAAUGAUUGUCCCCCUGGAGCUGAACUACUGCCAGUGCAUGUUGGAGCUGGAGGAGUACUAUGAAGUCAUAGACCACAUGGAUGAACUGCUGGAGAAACAUAAAGACUGUGUUAAAGGCUACUACAAAAGAGCCAAGGCCCAUGCUGCUGUGUGGAAUGAAAAGGAGGCCCGGAGAGACUUCAACAUGGUGGCUCAACUCGACAUCACUCUGGCCAAGCUCAUCUGUCGAGAGCUGAAGGCCCUGUCGGAGCACAUGAAGGAGAAAUACUGGGAGGAGAAGCAGCAGUACUGGAACAAGCUGGAGAAAAAUGAAAACAAAAAUGAAGUGGAGGAGGUAGAGGGACAUGGGGAGGAGGACAAGGAGAAGGAGAGAGGAGAGAUAGAAAAGGGAAAACAAGAACAUCCUGAAAGUGUGACAGCAGUGGAAAAUAACAAGGUGGGAGCAGAAAAUGGUUCAGAAGAGUCUCCCUCCCAAUGUGCAGAAGUUCAUGAAGAGGAACUGAGGGAAAAUGAGGCUACACUGACUGAGGGAACAGUUACCAAAGAAGAAGCGAGCUCUUCUGCAAUGAAUUUAAACACUUGCAGUAAAACAGAAGGGAAGGACUGGCAGCAGAUGUUACGACUUGUCAUGUUGCUGCAGAACGAAGGAAACUUUCUCAUUAAAGAAAGCCACUUUCAAGAAGCUUCAGGAAAGUUCAAGGAGGCUAUAGAAUACAUGGACUUCCUUCAAAAUAAAGUGGAUCAACCGGGUGAUGACUGGGAGUCGCUGGAGAAGGUGCGUCUUCCUUUGACUCUUAACCUUAGCCAGUGCAUGCUGGAGUUAAAACAAUACCAGCAAGUUGUGGAGCUCAACAACAAGCUGCUAAAGAAACACAAAGGUAACUUCAAGGCAGUGUACCAGAGGGCUCGGGCUCAUGCCGCUUUGUGCAAUGAGGAUGAAGCUCGAAGGGACUUUGAUACAGCAGAGAAAUUGGACCCGAAGUUCAAACCCUUUGUUCGUCAGGAACUGAAGAAGCUAUGUGAGCGCAUGCGUGCUAUGCAUGCCCAGGAGAAAAAGACUUACUGGGAUACAACACAACAGAAGUGGGGACCUGGUGGACCCAGGGCCAAGAAUGCAGCCAGAAAGAAGAAUGUGAAAUUUCCUCCAAAAGCCACAGAAGGGAAAACUAAAGCAGAAACUAAUGCAGAUAAGAAGACGGAAGACAGUAAGAGUCAGGAGAAGGAAAGCUCAGGGAAACGCCCCACUGUUGAGACAGAGAGAGUGGAUGAUGCAGAAAUACUGAAAAAUCCAGAUGUGAAAGCAGAGCAGGGUAAUAAAGAGCCAGAGCGUGGGAGAGUGAGUGGAGAGGGGUUAGAUAAUGAAAAUAUAGAAAGGGUUUUGGUUCAUGAAGCUGGGCUGGAUGUACCAGAUAAUCAAGCAACAGAUAAAGAUAGAGAUCCUGCACCCAGCAGCUCAGGCAAAGAUAAUGCAGUGAGCAAGAGAUCAGUGCGCGAUAAGGGGAGAAAGAAGGUAAAAUGUCAAUCAAGUGCUGCACCAGAGCCAAGCAGAACAAACCCAGGGAACAAAGCCAACAGUGGUAAAACAAAAAAGGGUGGCAUCGCAUCAGACUAGACCUAUGAGCUGAAUUUUAUGCGUAGAGCCAGAAGUUUAAGGUGGAAGUUGAGGGCAGAUUGAAGAACUGAGAAAGAAAAGCACUGUGGAUAGAGGAGGAAAAAUGAUAAACAAGCAAGCCUCACAACAGGACAUAUUGAUUCCUCCUUAUACAAAUCCAAAUAUAAACACAAAAAGAAAAAUUAAUAUAAACAGCCUGCAUUUGGCACCAUUCUGAGUUAACUUUCAUUAUUCAGUUCUCAAAGGGAUUAACUAGAGUCACAUGAAAAACACGAGCAGACAAGGAGUUUGGCAAAUACAAACUUUUAUUUCUGUACACAAAGAGUAGAAAGCAGCCAGUAACCCACUUGUUAUUACAGUAAAAAGCCUUUCUUCAGAAAACUUUUUAUAGAGAUUAAAAACUCCAGAGAAAAGACAACAAGAAGUGUUUUGAGUUCUGGACAAAAAACAGGAAAUCAAAACUGUUAAAGUCAAACAUUAUGAUUAAUGAGGUAUAUUAAUGGUGAUUUAAAAGAACACACAAAAACCUCAUUUCAUCAGAAAAAAAAAAAAAAAUUUAGAGUAACAAACUGUUAUGUAUUUGCGUGACAUUACAAGCGCAUGUGUCCUUGUUACCCAUAUUUAGAUGCAUGACGGUAAACAUAGAAGGGAGGGUCUGACGCAGACAGCAGAUUGAUGAUAGGGCUCCGAGAACAUGUUGGCCAACUACAUGCAGUAACAGAAGUCUGAACAGUGAUAGCGGUAUUCUCUGGGGUGACUCCGGCUUAUGUAGAGAACCCUUUUUCACACAGCUUCAGUCAUGCCACAGGGAACAGCAGGGUGUGUUACAGUGAGUGGGGUAAAAUAGGGAGCUACUACGGAUGAGACCUCUGAUGAUCACACAGACAAACAUCAUCAUUUGUUUGGACGGUGGUGUCAAGCAGCAGCAGCAACGUGAAAUUUCGGGACAAACUGUGCGCAAUGAAACCCUGUCGUGUAACUACCUUGUCUAUGUGUGUAUGUGUUUGUCAUUCUUCCGCCGCUAUAUGGUGUUAAAAUAAACAUGACAAGUGUUGACGUGCAGCCCUAUGGGGGGAUGUCUCCCCUUUAUUUUCACAACCUGUCACUGGGCCAUCAUCUUGUGUACCCACACAGAAAAGUAUGGAGAUACUGAGAGCAAUGGGUAAUCAUCACUGUGUAAUGAGAUGUGUCAAUACCAAUAAAUAAAUGUCUAUGAAUAAA